AAUUGCCUGAAUAGUGUUGGAGUAGUAGAUCGAGUUAGAGCCGUUCGGAGGAUUGAUAUGGCUUUAACUUUCAUAGCCGGAUCGUUGGCGUCGGCGAUCAUCGGGAAGCUCGUUGAUACAUGCUUUUCCUACAUCAAAGCUUACCCGGCGCUGCGAGGCGUGCGGGACGAGCUGGAAAGGCUGCAGCUGGCCCUUCCGCAGAUCCAGACAGUCUUGACUGCCGUAGAGGAGGCGGCGUCGAUUGCAGAGCAGAACGAGGCGCUGGAUACGUGGCUGUGGCAGCUCAGAGAUGCUGUGGAGAACGCGGAGGACGUGCUCGACGAGCUGGAGUACUACGAGCUGAAGAAGACUGUACGAGAUCGAGAUGACAAGGUGCGUGGCAUUUUCUCUAAAUGCAAGAAAAAGUUUGACCAUUUUGUUGAUCGUAAAUUUAGCAAAGGCACAUUGAAGCGGUUGAGGGAGGCCGUGAAGGGGUUAGAUAGGGUCGUUGCCGGCAUGGGGCCACUAGUUCAACUUGUUGCUGGGUUAUAUGGUCCUAGUGUUAAGCGUCAAAAGCUCGAGGAAAUCAAGAAUGCUCGCGAGACUAGCUCCUUGGUAAUCAAAAGUGAGGUGCUCGGACGAGACAAGGAGACAGGCCUGAUAGUCGAAUGGCUGAUCAAAUCGAGAGAUGCCGAUGUUGAUGUCUCCGCUUUUACAAUUGUUGGUAUGGGUGGGCUCGGGAAGACUACUCUUGCUCAACUAGUCUAUUGCGACGAAAGGGUGCGAGAGUACUUCGACCCGAUUAUGUGGGUUUGCAUUUCUCAGGAUUUCGAUGUAACUGUGAUAACAAGAAAGAUUUUAGAAUGUGUAAGUAAUGAGAAUUUUGGCGACAAGAGUCUACAUGCACUCCAUGAGAAUCUUAAACAAAAACUAACGUCGAAUAAGUUUCUACUCAUACUGGAUGAUGUUUGGAACGAUGAUAAAAUGACGGAGUGGGAGAAAUUGGUUGCUCCUUUGAAAUUCGGACAGAGAGGAAGCAAGAUCCUGUUGACAACUCGAAUGGGUUCAGUUGCGAAUAUGGCGGCAAAAGUGAUGAAAUGCAAACGGCAAUCAUUAAAUCUAAAUGAGUUGGAGGAGAGCGACUAUAUGUCGCUUUUCAAUAAGCAUGCAUUCCUUGGUGUGAACCCUGAUUAUUAUAGAAACUUGCAACCGAUUGGUGAACAUAUAGCGAAGAAACUUGGAGGAUGCCCACUAGCAAUAAAGGUCAUGGGAGGAAUGCUGAACUCCUACAUGGACUAUGAAUAUUGGAAGAAAAUCUUGGAAGAAGACAUCAUGAAAUUACAACAAGGAAAGGACGGCAUCAUGACAGUUUUGAGAUUAAGCUACGAUCACUUACCCACAAACUUACAACUCUGCUUUAGAUAUUGUAGUUUAUUUCCACAGGAUCAUAUGUUUAAGAGGAACAAGUUGGUCAAUAUGUGGCUUGGUUCAGGUCUGAUUCCGCAAUCUAUUUGUGGCAGGCAAAGGCCAGAGGAUAUCGGAAAUGAGUAUUUAAAUCUUCUGACAAAAAAAUCAUUCUUUACUUGCAAAACCAGUGAUAAUGGGUUAAAAAUUACUAAAGAGUAUUUUAUGCACGAUCUACUGCAUGACCUAACACAAUCUGUUUCUCUAGGAGAAUGCAUCAGAGUAGGAGGUGAUGUUGCAGGAAUUACUAUUCCACGGACAGUUCGACAUUUAUCUGUUGAAACAGUCAAUCUUCUUUCUAUCAGAGAGAUCUCCAAUCUUAAGAACGUGCGCACUCUAGUCAUUUCUGUUAGGGAGGAUAAUAAGCAUAAUGCAGAUCAUGCACUUGAAUUUUUCGAGGUUAUAAAAGGGUUUAAAAAGUUACGCUUAUUGAUCUUAGAUGUGAAGUUUGACCCUCAUAAACUGCCCGAUGCACUUAGUAGCUUGAUACACCUCCGCUACCUAUCUCUUUCACUAUGGAAAAUUAUGAGUGGAAGUAUUGUAUAUGAUGGCUUGACCAACUUGGUCAAUUUGCGUUCAUUAGAUGUUUCCGAUGAUGUGAUACAAAAUAUUCCUUAUAUUAGCAAAUUACCCUUCAUCGACAAAUUACAAAAUUUUAUUGUUCGAGAGGAGAGUGGUUACAAAAUUGGUGAACUAAAGAACCUAAGAGACCUUUGCCAUCUAUGUAUUAGAGGACUUGAAAAUGUAAGGACUUCUGAAGAAGCCAUUGAGGCCAAGUUGAAUGAGAAAGAAUAUCUCAAAUCACUAUCAUUAGAAUGGUCCGCAGACCACUCCAAUAGUGCAGAGGCAGAUGAGCAGCUCCUCAAUAACCUCUGCCCACAUAUCAAUCUCAAGAAAAUGCGCAUCAAACAAUACCAAGGUGCUAAAUCUCCAUGUUGGAUGACAAAUUUGUCUCUUGUCAACUUAACAUCCAUCGAACUGAUUGAUUGUAAAGGAUGGGAGCACCUCCCGCCUCUCGGGCAGUUUUCUUUGCUCCAAUAUCUUCGCUUGUCAAGACUGCAUGCAAUAAAGCAAAUAGAUUGUUCAUUCAUCAAAAGCAUCAUCAAAAGCAGCAGUGGAUAUGCCUUUCCAUCGUUGAAGGAGUUGCUGUUAUGGGACAUGCCUAACUUGGAGGAGUGGAUUGGAGUAGAUGAUGCGUGCAUGUUUCCUCAACUUCAUUAUAUGGAUAUAACUAACUGCCCUAAUUUGAGGGAAAUUCCUACUCUGCCUUAUAGUCUAAGACGAUUGCAAAUUUCAAAUGUCGGCUUGACCGCUCUUCCAACAAUAAAUCGGAAUUACAUGGACAACAAUCAGCAAGAACAUUUUCAGGCUCUUGAAAAGUUAGUCAUCAAACAAUGUGAGAAGCUCGAAUAUGUUCCACCAGAGUUUUUUGGGAAAUUCAAAGCCAUAAAAUUAUUGCAUAUAGUAAAUUGCCCGAAGUUGACAAAACGUGGGAUCUCAGACAUCCAACUGCCCUCUAUACUCAAUCAUCUCACUAUUGGGUCAUGUGGCGACCUUGAGGCGCCACUGCUGUGGUCAGCAGAUUUAACCUCUCUUACUAAGUUGAAAUUAGUCAAUUGCGCAAGCAUAACAUCCCUUCCCCCAGCACAAGUGUGUGCACGGUGGACGAUGCUUUCCUCUUUAGUGAUAAAGAACUGCAAAGAACUGUCAUCAUUUGGUGGAAUACCAGCUCUCGUAUCCCUCCGUUCUUUAGAAAUUAGAGGGUGUGACAAGCUAAUUGACGUUGCCCUGCUGCUGCAGCCUCCGUUCCCAAACGAUGUCGGCCAAAAACGGAAUGCAGUAGUGGACUGCUUUUUGAAGAAUGGUAGACUAUCAAUUGACCACCAUGCGCUCCUGCUCAUGGAGCCAUUAAGAAGUCUCUCUUCCAUCAGCCAUUUCACUUUCUCUAAUGCUUCACAACUCACCAGCUUACCUGAGGAAUGGCUACUACAAAAUCACGCUGCCCUCAAAUUUUUACGCAUAUGGAAUGCAAGCUCCUUUCAGUCCCUCCCCCAGAGCAUGACAAAACUGUGCUCCCUCGAGUGUUUAGAAGUACUGAAUGCUAAUCUCAUCCAGUCUCUUCCAGGUCUGCCUACUUCACUGCGUACUCUACUCAUUUAUGGGUGUCACCCUGUGUUGGAGGAGCGAUGCCAUGAGAAUAUAGGCCUUGAUUGGCCCAAGAUUGCCCACAUCCCUUGCAAGAUAAUUAAAUAGCUAGCAUUUGCAGAGGUGAUGAUGAUGAUGCAUAUUAAUUUGCAGGUUGUAUCGGCAUUCGUAGUAGAUUUGGUGGAUGCUCCGGCGAUAAGACUCUGUCGACUCAUCGUAAGAGGGAAAAUGACGGCUACGCUACAGCAAGCAUCAACUCGCAAUCUUAUUCUGCAGGCAUCUUACUUGCAGUUUAUUGACACUUUUUAACAGCACUUCAGUUUCAUUAAAUAUUGAAAACACACAAAAACUGAGGUGUUACUGCUUAUCUCUUAUAUUUGGUGCAUGGUUUGAGAACGAAUUAAAGACUCUAUCGAUUUCUCUAUAUGUAGGAAUGUAACAAGACCAAAGUAAACUGCCUAUGUAUUUGUAUUUUCUUUUUGUUCUCAUUGGUGUAUGAAUUAAAAACACUCCUAUUACUGUAGUCAAUCGAUUUCGUCCUUGUUACGAAGGAUGGUUAAAGUUCCA